AUGGAAGAUCGCAUUCUCUACAGACAAGUCCGGUCAGUGAAGGCUGGACAAGUCGAACGGUUCAAAAUAGAGUACACUCCCGAGUCCAACUGCGAGCCAGGUCAGCCUCCGAACCUUCCGUCAAAUCUCUGGGUGAAAAUCAAAAACAGACAACUGAUCGCUUUGAGAGCCGCAUACUUGGCAGGUCCGUAUGUCUUAUACGCCGAUUGCAGGCCCGAAGACUACGACCCCAACACCAAAUGCUUCAUCACCGCAGAGCAGCCUGUUUUCGAGCCUCAGAUCCUUCCUGGCCAAUCGUUCUACGCCGAACUCUCGUGCCACACCUUCAAAGAGUCGUACUGCUGGAUCGUGGAUGUGGUGUCGCAGAUUCUCUUCAACAACACCAUCGAGGUGGACUUUGAAAUCAUCAUAGGUACGUCCAAGAAUAUAUUGCACGAGACUUCAUUCCCAGAAAAGAAAGUGGCCAAUUCGGAUAAGACAGGAACGUUCGUGCUCAGCACCAUGUUGGUGGUCCAUAAUUUCGACACGUUAGACCUCUGGAAUUUGCCUGUUCCCGAUCCCAAAAAGCCCAUCCACUUGGUGAUUCUAACCCAUGGCUUGCACUCGAACGUGGGGGCAGACUUGCUCUUUUUAAAGGAACAGAUUGAUAAGUGCAAGGGCGAAAACAUCGUGGUGAAGGGCUAUUUCGGGAAUAUUGGCAGAACAGAGAGGGGAAUCAAAUAUUUGGGCAGUCGUGUGGCAGAGUACUUGGUGGACUUGGUCAAAAACACCGAGCCUUUCAAGGGAAAUGUCUCAAAAGUUUCGUUCAUCGGUCAUUCCUUGGGAGGGUUGGUCCAGACGUUUGCCAUCGCAUACUUGGAGACCAAUUUUCCUUGGUUUUUUGAAACAAUAACUCCCAUAAACUUCAUUACCUUGGCUUCGCCUUUAUUGGGAGUGGUCAACGAAAAUCCUAUCUAUGUCAAAUUUGCAUUACUGGCCGGAAUAGUUGGUUUAACUGGGCAAGAUCUCGGACUCAAGUACUUCGAGAAUAAUUCGAAGCCCCUUUUGUUACUCUUGCCAACUGGGCCAACCCACCAGGUGUUGAAGCGGUUCGUGAGAAGAACCAUUUAUGCUAACGCUAUUAAUGAUGGCGUGGUUCCUUUGAGAACAUCCUCAUUGUUGUAUUUGGACUAUAAGGGAUUAAGCCAAAUUAUUAACUCUACCGAGAAUAAGGCUAAUGAACUUCAUGUGCCUGAGUCAAGCUCAGGAAAAGUCCCCAACAAUCCACAGGUUGAGGGAAAAGAGGACAAAGGAAUUUCACCUGUUCUGGCUGUUUUAUCCUAUUUCAUGCCCCAAAAGCAGAGCAAGAACGUCGACGACGAGUACCACAAGUUUCAAACAAAUGGCGACGAAGAACAAGGAAAAGAGGACGAGUACAAACUCCUCCCACGGUCUUCUGUACUUGAGACAGCCACUGCCCUCAUAUUACCACCAUUGCCAUCGAUGAAAUAUAUCACAGAUCCAGACUCCAGAGAUAACAUUAUCAUUCACGAUAAAAUGUACCACGAGAGUGAUCUUCCUCCACCAGAUUCCCAAGCAAACGAAGACGAUGUUCACCCGAAGGAAAACAAUUCGUAUUCUUCGAGAAUGAGAAGACGUUUACUAGAGCACAUAGACUAUGAGAUAGACCAUCUUGAAGAACAAAUUGCCCGUGAAUAUCACAAGAACAUGAGUUGGAGAAAGGUGAUUGUCAAGUUGAAGCCAGACUCCCACAACAAUAUUAUCGUCAGAAGAACGUUUUCCAAUGCUUAUGGGUGGCCAGUCAUCGAACAUUUAGUAGCCAACCAUUUCAGAAUACCCGAAGAAAGUCAGAAAUCUUCUAACAAAAUUAAAGUCAAGUCUGCUGAUGCAAGCACCGAUUCCUUGGAUGUGGAAGUUGACUUAUCUAGUAUCAUUGCCCGGGACUUGAUUACUAAACAAAAUGACGUGAUUGACCAAGAGAAAUCUAAUCAGGAAGAACACCAUUGGAUUAAUUCCAAAGACAAUUCUGACUCCCUUUUUGCAGUGGGACCUACUGGUCUCCUUUCUGAGGUCAGUGAGAUGGUGGGGAAUUUUAAGGAGCAGUGGUUCAACUAUGCCGUGACUUCAGUGACAAAAGACGAUGAAGAGGUAUUAAAGAGACAGAAGAGCAACCGGGUACGGUCACAAGAUGGACCAGAAGAGCCCGAGGACGAUACUGAAGACAAAGAUGGCGAUCUAGGGAUUGCUCGGCGUCUUAUGGGGGGCUUUUUAUGA